AGAGUAUCCAAAAGGGAUUUGCAUAUCCACGCAUUUUCUCAGAUGCUUUAGAAACGUUAGUUGCUGAUGGAUGCACUCUGGACUAUAUAUAGGUAGACAAGACACCAGUGCUCUUUGCUUCCUCCUCGCACAACAAAGCAGCUCACUUGAGUUCAAUUCAGCCAUGAGGAGCCAGGUCGCAGCAGUAGCCAUGUUUUUGCUCCUCCUGGCCUUGGGUGCUGAGGCCGACCUCUGCGUCACGCGUAGCAGGACCUUCAAAGGGUGGUGCCACCAGAGCGAGAACUGCAUCACCGUCUGCAAGAGCGAGGGCAAUACCGGCGGGUUCUGCAAGCUCGGGGCUUGCAUGUGCACCAAAGAGUGUGUCCGAAGUACUGACGCUGCUGGUGCUAAUAAAGCCCCACAGCACCAUUUGAGUUGAUGAGUAGUAAUGAAGAACGCUUUUGUUAUGCCAGCGCAAGCUCUAGAAUUCGAGGCCGAGAUGACCAAAAAUAAAUGAUUUUGUUACUCUACUAUAUGAGCGAAUAUCGGUUGUGGUUGUUCUCAACCUAGUGACAGUUUUUCAGAACCGCCAAUGUUAAGUACAAGUAAUAGAAAUCAAUUUUCACUGACGGUCGAGGUAA